CAUAUAUAUUACCUCUACGCAAAGUGUCAGUCCUCUUUCCCCAGCAAAACCGGAGUCAUAUACCCUCGGUCUAAACAAUUAUGCCGUACCGUUUACCUAUGUACUGGUAUAUCACAAACUAGAGUCAAAAUACUGCGUGACUGGGUUCAAGAUAGCGUUUCCUCGACGUCCUCAACGUGGCUAAAUACCAGAUAGCGACGUACACGUGUAGAAAUCUAAUCAAUGACAAGGAUCUGAAUCCAAGCAUGUGCUAAGCACAACGCGGCAGGAAAACUUUGAUUAAUUUCAUGCUUACUCGGAGUACGUCGCAUCAAUUGUAAUGACCAUUCGCGCAUGCCUCUCUGCAAGGCCAAGCCCUACCCUCCCUCUAAUCUGAAUUCCUGCGACAACCUAAGAAGCACUGUUGGCCCUAGUUACACAUCUCCGAUGAUGAGGUGUAUCUUCUCACUUGCCACGCCUUCAAUGUCGGUUCCUGUACCAACCUCAAUCCCUCCUUAAAUGCCGACAACUACGGGCAAUACCAGAGAUGUGGUGGCUGAUGAGAGCCAUCUCGGUAUCAUUAUCGGGGUACAGACAGCACUGACGGUCUUGGCCGUUGUUGUCGUCUGUCUCCGUCUCUAUGUUCGGAUGAGGAUUGUCAGGAGUUCUGGGUGCGAUGACUGGACUAUGGCCCUCGCGGCGCUCUGCUCCCUCGGCGGCUGGGCUCUCUACAUCUACAAAGCAUGUCACGGUCUAGGCCACCACAUCCAAUUCCUAGACGAGAGGGAUAGAAUGAAGUUGAGCGAAGCGGCGUUCUGGCAGGUCAUUAUCUGCUCGGCUACCGGGAUCGCGUUGCUCAAGAUAUCUAUCGCGUUGAAUUUGCUGAGGUUCAGCCCGACCCGAUGGUACACCAUGUCUUUAUGGACAAGUAUUGCAUUUGUCGCAGCAUACAGCUUCAUGGCCGCGAUGACUUUCUUCCUCCACUGCAAACCAAUGCAAGCACAUUGGGAUACGCGCAUCAAGGACGCGAAGUGCUACCCGGUACAUCUAUUCGUCGUCUUCGCUCUGAUAAAUACAUCCUUCAAUAUCUUCACCGACGUCCUCUUCGCAACGAUCCCGAUCCCGAUCGUCUGGAAUCUGCGAAUGAAACGCCGAGUGCGCAUGUAUCUAAUCGGCGUCUUCAGUCUCGGUUACUUCACAGUUGGUCUCGGCGUCAUCAAAGCAGUAGCCCAACUCGCAUACACAAACGAGAAGGAUAUUUUCUUUAAUGACUCCAUCCUCUUCUGGGGCCUUGCCCAAUUCAACGUUGGAAUCCUGACCGCCUGCGUCCCCUCCCUGAAGCCCCUUGCCAGGAGAGCCCUCAAACUAUCCGAAUACACACAUUCACGGUCGCGCUCACACGGACGAUAUGGAAGGAGAUCGACAGGCCGGUGGACCAGUAGCAGACAUAGCCGUCGGGUGUUCUCGAUACACAGACGGGACCAGUAUGGGAUCGAGGAGUUGCACAGCCAUGAUGUGUCUACGCACAGUCAGUCUGAUGAAGUGAAGCUCACGCCGUACGGAGCAACGGUAUCGUUCACGGCUCAUGUCGAGAGGGGGAGGCUUGAUAAUAGCAGUGAGAUUGACGAGGAUGUGCUUGCCGAAACGUCUCCAGAAAGACGCAUGGUGGGGGGGAUCUUGAAAACAACGCAAACUACUGUUGUUAGUAGUAGAGCUGCCGAUUAGUGCUGUAAUUAUGAUGGUGAAAAUGAAUUGACAGAAGCUAAUAAUAGAACGCUAAUUCUAUCACCAAAGUAACCACGCCACUAGCUGUGUAUACGCUGCUUCAUCAUCGUCCGCCAGGGUGGGAUCAUAGUCACUCCCCAGACGACCCGCAACAACUUCCUUUGUGCGAAUAGCGUCUCUCAAACAAUCCGCUGCAUAUACAUGCCCCUCCGCUUUAUAAAUCUGGUACUUGCGAAAGUACGCUAAAGCCAAA